CGCUCCUGCAGCUCGCGGUGAACGAGAAACGAACGGAUUUAUUGUCACAAAACGGGAUAAACAAUCGCUCAAACAUGGAUUUGGACUCCAUGAAAUACGCAGAACUGCAAAGGCUCGCGAAAGAGCUCGGGCUUAAAGCGAACAUGAAGGCUGAUAAACUCCUGAAAGCCAUAAAGCAGCAUUAUCAACGAGAAAAGAGCAACGAGGAGAACGUUCAGGAACAAAAUAAUGAUGCUGCAGUUGUCCAAGAGGAUGAAGAUGUGGCUCAGGUUAGUCAAGAUGCAACUGGUAAAGAAGAAGCUUCCAGCUCUACUGUGUUUGUGAACACACGUCGAGGGAAGGGACACUGUACCAAGAGAAAGAGCCCUGAGGCUGCAGCAGUGACUGAGUGUGAUCCUGAGAUGCCUCCAAAUGAUGCAGAGGGUGACAUUGUCAUGGAUGCACCCCGCAAUGCCAGGGGUGCUAAGAAGAGGAGGCUGUCCUCAAUCAAGGAUUCUGACAGAACUGAGGCUGAGCUUUCUGAGAAUCCACAGACUUCUGUCAGUGAGCAGCAGCCUGAUAUUAAGGAUGAAGCACCUGUGUGUGGUGAAGCAGAAAAAGCACCAAAAGUGACCAAAGCUGGUAAAAUCCCUCGGCUCCAGCAGAAGAACAAACCUUUGCUGAAACCUGUCACUCCCAACUUCAAGAAACUCCAUGAGGCGCAGUUUAACAAAAUGGAGUCUAUCGAUUCUUAUUUCCAGCGAAGGACGAAGCAGAAGGAGACCCUCAAAAAUCCAGACAAAGAAUUGAAGAAGACUUCAGACAAAACUAAACCACAGCAAGUUGAAGGCAAAGCUCAAUUGAAGAAAAAUCCCACCCGUGCUACCAUGUUCAGCCCUGCCCCGGUGAACAAGAAAACAGCUGAAGAAAAGCGCAGACACACUUUGCUCUCAGCCAGCAAACCUCCUCCAAAUAAAACUGCCAAGAAGGAAAGUGUUCCAUUCAGACCGUCUGUCCUUUCCACUCGCAGGAUCAACGUUCGAUUCUCAGAAGCUACCCGUGACAACGAGCACAAGCGGUCUUUGGUGAAGACGCCAGCUCGCAUGUCCCCCUGCCUGGCCUCCAGCACCCCACAAAGACAGACCGCUGAUGCAGGAAAACCCAACAGUGUCAAGACUUCAGCUUUAUCUGCCACAAAAACUCCAGGAACGUUCGUUUUCACCGGCAACACGAGCGCUUUGACGACACCUGGAACACAAAAGAAACCCACCUUUGAUCUGAAGGCGAGUCUGUCUCGUCCGCUCACCUACAAGCCUCAUACAGGUAAACUGAAGCCAUUCGGAGACGUCAAAGAAAACACAGCAGGAAACAAGUCUCUGAUCGCAAAUACACAUCAGGAGAUUUACAAACAGCACACAGUCCAGUCGAGAGACGACAGGAGAGCGAAACACAAGGAAGACCGCAAGCAGAAGAAAGAAAACAUGCUUGGGGCAAGAAGAGGCCUCGUCAUGAUGUAAAAAUAUAGCGCUUUUUGUUGUCGUUUGUACAGCCUGCUGUUCUACUGUAAAUAUGUUGUCAUCUGCAGCAGACACAUUUGUUUCUGCUGUCUCUAGUAGCCUGUUGUAGGAAAAUAGCUCACGUCUUCUGUCCGGCCAGAGUUUUAUUUAGGUUUGACUCAUGCAUUUACUAAUACGCCUUUUAGCUCUGAAUGAUGCAUUUUUGUAUUUCGAUGUGUAGAAAGUCGAUGUCCUGUCUUGCUGCAUUUGUUAUUAAACAUUUUGUUUUCUUUUUUACCUUUUUGGGAGGAUAAGACCUGAUUAUAAAAGAGACUCAAAAGAUUUUUGUCUUUGUAUUCUCAAUCUUUAAAAUAAAUUUGCUAGUGCAGUUUU